ACACACACACACACACCACAUCCUCUCCCUCUUCCUCUCCAUCGCCCUGUCUAACUCCCUUCAUCUCUCUCCUCCACACUCUCCUUUAUGCACACAGUAUUGUCAACAAAGCUGGAGAACAAGGGACGAGGGGGGAACAGGGGAAUCGAGGUACACGGGACCCCCGGCGUCGACAGACCUUGACCCUCUGAGGACGAGUCGGAGGAUCGAAGGACAGCGCGAGGAGCCCAAAGUGACAGUAAACAGUGGCGAGCACGCACACAGCAGGACUGCUGCCUUGGUCUUCAUGGUGGUUGGGACACUUGUAGUAUGUAUGAGAAGUUAACAAUGCUGAACCUGCAGAGUGGCUCUAACUGGAGCGGGCCUAACAACUGGUACCAUGACCCCACUGGAGUACAGACUCAACACAGCACAGUGUCCGAGGGCUGCCUGCUGGACACGGAGGGCGGCAUGGGAGGCGAUGCGGUAGUCGGAGGCGGCGGCGGCGGAGGAAGAGGAGCAGGAGGCGCAGGCCGAGGGGGAGGUGUGCCCGUGGAUAGGGACGAGGGCGAGGAGUCUCAGCUGAGGCUGCAGCUCAAGAGGAAGCUGCAGAGGAACCGCACGAGCUUCACGCAAGAGCAGAUUGAGGCGCUGGAGAAAGAGUUUGAAAGGACACAUUACCCAGACGUCUUCGCGAGGGAGAGACUGGCCAAUAAGAUUGAUUUACCUGAGGCCAGGAUACAGGUGUGGUUCUCCAACCGAAGAGCUAAGUGGAGGCGGGAGGAGAAGCUGCGCAACCAAAGGAGAUCGGGAGGGGUGACUUCCUGUUCACAGAGCCAAGCCCCCCUGACCACUUCCUUUAAUACGUCUGUCUACCAUCAACAACACGGCAGCAGUUCGGGGUCCAUGUUGAGUCAAGCUGAGUCGUCGCUGCCCAGCUACAGCUCGCUGUCGGUCUUCUCAUCUGGAGUCCAGUCCAUCCCUCCGCAGUCGGCCUCCUCGUACUCUUGCAUGUUGCCUCCAUCUCCAUCUGCCCCGCGCAGCUUUGACUCAUCAGCAUACUCCUCCCCUCACCUGCAGACUGCGCCCUCGGCCAACUCCAACACCGGCCUCAUAUCGCCCGGCGUCUCGGUGCCAGUGCAGGUUCCAGGAACCGAGCCGCAGGGCAUGAGCCAGAACCUGGGCCAGUACUGGGCCAGAUUACAAGUAAAGCUUGAGAGGAGACCCCACGCUACUGUGAUGGAGCUGAUGUGGAUGGUGUUGAUUCUGCCUGCGUGCACAUCAGCUGUGCCUGAGCAAUACAGCAGAGCGGUGGAUUGGUUGAGCAGGUACGGCUACCUUCCUCCGCCCGACCCGCGGACGAGUAAGCUGCAGACCAAGGAGGGCAUCGAGAAGGCCAUACGUGUGAUGCAGCGAUUUGGCGGCGUGCGGGAAACCGGCGUGCUCGAUGGUGAAACGCUUAAGCUCAUGACGACGCCGCGAUGCUCGCUUCCCGAUAUUGUCGGUAGCGAGGACAUGUUGAAGAAGAGGAGGAGGAGAAGACGAUAUGCACUGUCAGGACUUAAGUGGCACAAGAGCGAUCUCACAUGGAGCGUCCACAGCUACCCGUCGCCCUCCCUCUCGCCCAGCCUGCCAUCCACCUUGGUGGACAGCAUCCUGACGCACGCCUUCAAAGCCUGGAGCGACGCGGCUCCUUUGAAUUUCCGCCAGCUGCCGAGAGGCGGCGGAGGCGCGUCGAGCGGCGGCGACAUCAGAGUGUCCUUUAACAGCUUGCUACACGACGACGGGUACCCCUUUGACGGGCAGGGUGGCACCCUAGCCCACGCCUUCUUCCCCGGCAGGGACGACGUAUCAGGCGACACGCACUUUGACGACCAUGAGAGGUGGAGCUAUGGAGCGGAGAGCGGCAGCACCACCGACUUGUUCACGGUGGCAGUGCACGAGUUUGGCCACGCGCUGGGCCUGUCGCAUUCCUCCUCCGACCCCUCCAUUAUGAGGCCGUAUUACCAGGGUCCCGUGGGAGACAUCCCCCACUACCAGCUGGCCCUGGACGACAGACUGGCCAUUCAGCAGCUUUAUGGCACCAACGAUGGUGAGCAACCAGGAGGUGUCGAUCCCAAUCUCCCUCGUUUGCCCAGUCCUCCUCCGACCAGACCGACAAGACCGUCUGACCCUUCUGUCCACGACCGCUGUCACGGGGGAUUUGACGCAGUCGCAAACAUCAGAGGGGAGGUCUUCUUCUUUAAAGGUGCUAAUUUCUGGAGGACCAAGCGAGACGGCUUGCUGGUGUCGCAUAAUCCAGCUCAGAUCAAAAACUUCUGGAUGGGCCUUCCUCUCGGAACAAAUAAGAUCGACGCCGUGUACGAGCGCAAGAGCGACAACAGCAUCGUCUUCUUUAUUGGAUCUCAGUACUGGCUCUUCAAGGACACGAUGGCCAUGAGCGGGUAUCCUCGCCCGCUCUCCGAAUGGGGGAUGAAGAGGAAGAGCGGGGCGCUGGUAGACAGGGUGGACGCCGCCUUCAUCUGGGCUCACAAUGGCAAGACCUAUCUGUUCAGCCAAGGCGAGUUUUGGAGGUUCGACGAGAGCCGGAAAGGCCAGCGGGUGACCAGGCAGCCGGAGUCGGGCUAUCCGCGUGACAAUUCCCUCUGGACUGGAGUUCCGUCCCACAUGGAUGACAUCAUCACCUGGGGCGAAGGCGAUGCCUAUUUCUUCAAGGACAACCACUACUGGGUGCUCAAGAGCGGAGGCUUGGACCAAGACGUUGUGGAACCGAAAUCCAUCGCCGUGGACUGGCUCCGUUGUCCCGUUCCCCCUCCGUCCUCCGCUCCGGCCGAUCCCGACGGCCCACCCAGAUGCCGCUGCGACCUCACGGCCUCGUCUUCAUCUCUAACAAGCAACUGCCUCCUGGUGUCUGUUUUACUGGCCGUUAAGAAGCUCGCUAUUAAAAUAGGAAGUUGAGUUCUGGAGCUGUUUACUGUGUGUGACUGCAGGGGGAGGAGAAAGGUUGUAUAUUUUCCUUCAUCACCACAAUGUCAAAAUUUUUUCAAAACUAUUUAAUUUGUCUUAAUGAUCUUUAGUCGACAUAUAGUGGUGCCUUGAGAUACAAGUGACCCGACCUACGAGUUAUUCGUGAUGUGAGCCGUUUUUGCUUUGACUUGCGAACGGAAACUUGAGAUAGGAGUGCUGUAUGGUGACAGUGAACUCAACUCACUUCACAUUAGGAAGCACUUUGGCAGACUGUGAACAAUUCUUCAAAAGAAGCUUCGAGCUGUUUAAUGCCACUCCCAGUUGAAGUUUACUGUCAAAGUAAACAUGAAACUAGAAGUAUUACAUGUUGUGUAUUUAAAACAAACACAUAUGAUUGGCUGGCGACCAGUUCAGCGUGUACGCCGCCUCUUGCUCGAAGAUAGCUGGGAUAGGCUCCGGCACGCCCGCGACCCAAGUGAGGAUAAGCGGUACAGAAAAUGGAUGGAUGGAUAUAGCUUAGCCUUUAGUUCUUUGGCCUUUAGCUAGCUUAAUGCUAACACAUCAUGAGAAACUUAAGUAACUGAUAUUUGAAAACAAAUAGUGCAACAACACAUUUUGACAUUCACUAUAACAUCUCUAUCUAUAAUCUCUAACAUCGCAAUAAUAGGACUCAGUCAUACAUUUUGUAUCCUCUGUGAGGAGCUGAGAUGUCUAUAAUUUACAGACAUCCAUCCAUGUACAGCAGGGGUGUAAAGCUCCUUUUUGUCUCAGGACACAUUGUAGUUAUGAUUUCCCUCAGAGGGACGUUAGAACAGUGACAUGCUUAAUCACCAAAUCACAUUAUUACCAUUACACAACAAAUUGAGGGAUAACUAGUUUUGAAAUCAGAAGACAAGGAUAAUCAUUUGUUCAACUAUUGUUGAAGUUACUGUAGAAGAAGAGUUUGGUCACAGAAAAAUGCAAUAUCUUAACAUAUUGUUUAUUAUUAUGACAAUUUGGAAUUCGGGUACAGAUUUGAGCAAAAAUCACGGAAAUUAACGAAGCAUGAUUUCCUUUCGCGGGUCGCAUCUGGCCCCCGGGCCUUGAGUUUGACACCUAUGAUGUACAGCAUCCGUCUGUCUGUCUUAUACUGCCCCCAGUUGGCCAAGGCGGGCAACAGCACAAUGGCCGUUCAAUGAUGUAAAGUGUGACAAAAACCGUGUACAAUAUUUUUGUGGGGAUGGUGGGCUGGAACGGAUUAAUGGCAUUUCCAUUCAUUUCAGUAGGGACAAAUGAUUUGAGAUUCGAGUUAGUCACGAUUUAUGAACAUGGUUACGGAACAAAUUAAACUCAUAUCCCAAGGCGCCAUUGUACUGUAUACUAAUUCAGCAAAUAAAAACAUACUUUAACUUGCCAGGGAAUCAAUAAUUUUUUCUCACCUGUAUAUAACACGGUAAUUUUGAAUAAUAUAAUAUAUUGCCCCUACUUCAAUAAAAAAAAAAUAUAUCUAUUUUUUUUUAAACAGCAUUAGUAAGUGUUUUGUAUAGACGUUAUUGUUGAAUAGUGCAAUGACGGCGUCAAUCAAAACUCAGGAAUAUUAUCUUUGUGAUGGCAGGAGUUGUUCAGCUAUUGUUCAUGGAUGUCAUUUAGUUAUGCAAACCAGAUUUUCAAUGUUAUCAUUAAAGGGGAAUGGAACAGGUUUUAACUUGCGUCUUAUUGAGUCGCAUCUUGAAUCAUAUCCACUAAAAGAAUUCAUCGCGCAUGAUAACUUUGCACUGGAGGACAGGACUCAUUAAUGGGCUGGUUCCGCCCACUUUGAAAUGACUUAAUAGCACGGGAGAGUUCACCCGAGAGCAAGGCUUUGUCUCAGGAAUAAAUGCACAGGUAAUUCCCAGGUUCAAACAUCUUGUUCUUUCUGUGUGAUGAACAAUAAGAAAAUAUACCAAUCAAAUGUUUUGUUCAGUAUGGGGUUAGAACAUUCAAAACAAAAUGGUGAGCGCAUCAUUAUUUAUUGACAGGGUCAGUGGCAAUAUGAUCAGCCUUGCGGAAAAUAAAAAGCUGUCCAGUACAUUGCACUUUUACUUCAUUAAAAAGUGUGUUAUCUUUUUUUUUAACCUUCAUAAUGUCCUCUAUACCUGUAUCAGUGAACACACAAAUACACACGCACACACACACACACACACACACACACAGAGAGAUUCACAUAAUAGUUCAGCUACAUGUGCAUUACUGUAGUGCACUACAGGGCAAACUUGAUCCAAAUCAACGUAAGAUAAUAAAUAUCAAACACAUAAACUUCACAAUAUCUUCAUUUCGAAUGUGAGGUCUUGAUGGCAGCUGCCGUUAAAACCCCAAAUUAUAUAUUGCGCAUUUUGGCAAAUUUCCAAAACAUUUCGUUAAGCAUUAGGCUUAUUUUGACCUCACUCGUUUAAGACACAGUACAUGCUGCAACGAAAUAUGCAGAAUUAAUGAAUGUAUGUUGCAUUCAGUGCAGCAUCAUUCGUAAUGUGGAUCAGGUUACAUGCAUAAAACAGUUGGAAUGAUUAGAGGCUGGCCACAUUCCAAAAAGUUAGUAAAUUCUUCCCAGUAGCAUGCUCAGGGCCAGCAGGCCCAGGGAGAUCCAAUUUUUGGAAGCAUUGCUGGUGUCCGAUGCACUCGAAGACCGAGUGCUGACGGGCUGUACCGGCUGGAGCCGCCUGAACACAUUCACCAUAGUCUGUGAUGAGGUUUCGUUUGAGAUACGCAGCAUUGUGCUGAACUUGUCAAUCUAGGGUGGAAGGGAGAGGCGUUUCCAUGUUAGGAGGUUUUUUAUUGCCGUGUGUUUUUGUGUCUCUCUCUCAUCCCACAAAAACUCACCAAGUCUGCGCUGACUUUGAUAGAAUCCUUAAACACAGUCCAGACCACAGCUUCGUAGCAGUUGGGUGUGGUCAGCGAGCCGAGAUAGCGAUAAUAUUGUGUGCGAUCGACUCCGACCAGCAAGUCGUUCAGUGAGAGCCCUUCCGUCACAUUGACAAUAUUAUCUGAUGACAAACAUCAAAAGUUGUCAACUCGACAGGGAUCCAUCAGAACUGACUCGUUAGGGUCGGGCAUCACCUUACCGCGCAAUGUGAUGUUCCGUAGGUAGUUGGUGAGCGUGUUCCAGCUGGCAGGUUGACCAGUAGUG